AUGGCACCCAACAUCCGUAAAUCUCAUCCAUUAAUUAAAAUUAUUAAUAAUUCUUUCAUUGACCUCCCAACCCCAUCAAACAUUUCAUCAUUAUGAAACUUCGGCUCUCUUCUAGGGGUCUGUUUAAUUGCCCAAAUCAUUACAGGAUUAUUCUUAGCUAUACAUUAUACAGCAGACACAUCUAUAGCCUUCUCAUCAGUAGCCCAUAUUUGUUUUGACGUUAACUAUGGAUUAUUAAUUCGCAAUCUCCAUGCCAAUGGACUCUCAUUCUUCUUCAUUUGCAUCUACCUUCACAUCGGACGAGGGUUGUACUACGGCUCUUUCUUAUAUAAAGAAACAUGAAAUAUUGGUGUGAUCCUCCUAUUUUUAGUUAUAGCUACAGCAUUUGUAGGAUAUGUUCUACCAUGAGGACAAAUAUCUUUUUGAGGGGCUACAGUAAUUACUAAUCUUCUUUCUGCUAAACCGUACAUCGGAAACGUACUAGUCCAAUGAAGUUUAGGAGGAUUCUCUGUAGAUAACGCCACUUUAACCCGAUUCUUCGCAUUUCACUUCCUCCUUCCUUUUAUUAUUGCCGGAGCUAGCAUUCUCCAUCUUUUAUUUCUCCACGAAACUGGAUCAACAAACCCAACUGGAUUAAACUCAGACCCAGAUAAAGUACCUUUCCACCCAUACUUCUCUUACAAAGACCUUUUAGGCUUCCUUAUUAUACUUACAGCACUUACUCUCCUAGCCAUAUUUUCCCCAAACCUUUUAGGAGACCCAGACAAUUUUACCCCAGCUAAUCCUCUAAUCACCCCUCCACAUAUUAAACCAGAAUGAUACUUCCUAUUCGCCUACGCUAUCCUUCGAUCCAUAAACAAACUAGGCGGAGUGUUAGCCCUAGUCCUAUCCAUCCUAAUCUUAGCCCUCAUACCAUUACUCCACACAUCAAAACAACGAAGCCUUAUAUUCCGACCAUUUACACAAAUCAUAUUUUGAGCCCUAGUUGCAGAUACACUAAUCCUAACCUGAAUUGGAGGUCAACCAGUAGAAGACCCUUAUACCAUAAUUGGACAGUUAGCCUCAGUAAUUUACUUCUCAAUCUUUAUUAUUAUAUUCCCACUUAUAGGUUGAGUAGAAAAUAAACUAUUAAACUGAUAG